GUUUAUAUAUUUAAGAAAAUGGUCGUAAAAUAUUUGGUUCCUAAAAAUUUUCUAUGUUAUUUUCCUUUAAAAACCGGUUCACUGUUUGUAGGCGUAUUCAUGUGUUGUGUCGCUCUGACAAGUUGCAUAGUUUUGCUUGUACAAGUAUUUCAGAUGGAUGACAAAUUAUGUCAGAAAUUUGUAUGGAGGACUGCCUUCAGUUUCCAUGUUAUCGCUAUUAUUUAUGACGUCGUUAUAAUUGUUAUAAAUCUUAUGUUAAUAUGGGCAGUGUUAAAGGGUAAACGAAUACUAUUAUUAUGUUGGGUUGUAAUAACAGAUGUAUGGUUAGCACAAAUGUUUCUCCUGCUUAUUGUAAUACUGUGCGUAUAUAGCUUGGAAGUAAGCCUCGCCGCCUGGAUACUAUCUAUAAUAUUUGGAUUAUUAGCCAUCGGAAUUCUAAUCUAUUUAUCGAUGGUUGUGUUUGGGUAUUGGAUCGAAACAAAAGUUUUAAAAGAACAAAAAUCACCAGUGACAAUUAAUAACGCUUAAUUAUAAUGUGGUGUUUAUACGAAUUAAAGAAAUUUUCAUUUAUUCAAAGUUUUAUUGCCGAAAAACUCGAAACCUUUGCGCUUUAUCAAUCUGUUUUAUUAAAAACAUUUAUAAAAUGUCAUUUUGCGCACAUAACCUCAAUUCACUUAUGUCAUUGUUAAUGUAUUAAAAUAUAAAACAAUUUAAGUUAUAAGUGCUUUUAUCGAACAUGAAUUGGGAAACUCUUGCGCCUAAAAAGUUCUUUUGUUACUACCCACUUAAUACGGGAACUUUAUUCAUAGCGGUUGUCAUGGCUUGUUUAGCUUUGUUAACCGGCACAUCUAUAAUAAUUCAAGUAAUAACAGUGCAAGGAGUAGAAUGUGAUAAGUUUGUCUUAAGAACGGCGUACGGAUUUGGUAUUUCAGCAAUGACGUACAAUCUUCUUAUGAUUUUGGUUAAUAUUUGGCUUAUUUGGGCAGUGAAGAAGAAAAGGUCAACGGUUGUCAUAGUAUGGGUGGUUGUAAGCAGCGUGUGGCUUGUCAAACUGUUUGUGUUCGUCGUCUCCUUGAUGAUAGUACACGAUAUGGAAGUGGGCAAGACUGGAGGCACGCUCUGUCUGCUCAUUGAAUUCAUAGGAUUUGCUGUACUGAUAUAUUUUAUCUUCGUUGUAUUUGGAUAUUGGUUAGAGAUGAAGAAACAGAAAAGAGUACUUAUUAUUCCACCCCCUAAAGAUAGUGCUAAGGAAAAUGCAAUCACUAAAGAUGGAACUAAGGAUAUUGCAACAGAUAAAGAUUAA